AUGUCUCAACAGACGAUUACCUUCCGACAGCACUCAUCCGAACCCGCAAAGGUGGCUCGCCUGCAUCAGGAGAAUGGCCAACAGCACGAAGAUCAACUAGGCCCCGACGAGGUGCACAUCCGAUUCCUGGCGGCGCCCAUCAACCCGCAGGAUCUGAUGGUCGUCGCUGGCAAGUACCCCGUCCAGCCGGAGUAUCGCCAUGCUGGCGAGCCGAUCCCAGGCUACGAUGGCGUUGCUCGUGUGGAGCGGGUUGGAUCGGCUGUCGGUGUGCUCGCGCCGGGCAAUCACGUCGUCCCACGCGCGCACGGGCUGGGGACAUGGCGCUCCCAUGCAACUGUGCCUGCUUCGGCCCUGCUUCGCGUGUCGGCAACGCUGGACCCCAUUGCUGCGUCCCUCCUGAAGAUGGGCUGCGGCCCCGCGUAUCUGCUGCUGCACAGCGCCGCGCGCGAGCUACGGCCGGGCGACUGGGUCGUGCUCAAUGCCGCCCAAGGCGUGAUCGCGCAACUGACCAUUCAAUUCGCAAGAUUACGAGGGUGCCAUAGCAUCGGCGUCCUCCGCGACCGAGAUGAUGUGGACUCGUCUCGACAACAGCUACGAGCCCUGGGUGCCGACGCGGUGGUGACCGAGUCGGAGCUGGCCGCGCCUGGUGCACUGGCUUCGCUGGCCGAGGGCAAGCGGAUUAAGCUUGCUCUUGACGCCGUAUUUGGCGAGUCUGGCGCACGUCUAGCAGCACUGCUCAGUCCUGGGGCCACCUACGUCAACUACGGCUCCCUGGGCGGCGCUGGGGCCGUGUCGAUUCCCCUGACUCAGGAGCUGAUUUUCUGGAAGCAGAUUACGCUCAGGAACUUCCGGCUGUCACAGGCACUGUCGCAAUACUCCCAGCCGGAACAGGGGGAUUUGCUUGCGUAUUUUGGGAGUCUCUUCGAGAGCGGCUCGCUGCAGACGCCCGCCGUGGACCGUGUGGCGUGGGAAUCAGGCCCCCGUCUGGAGAAAGUCGUGCUGCAGGCGCUAGAGGAUGCAUCGGGCCAAUCCGUAGGAGCUCGGAAGAAGGUCUAUUACUUUAUUUAA